GCUUCGCCGCGGGUGAGGAUCUGGCUGCGGGGUUGGAUGCCGCGGAGCGUAGGAAGGUCCUGGGCCGAAUCGGUGAUGUCUACCUUUGCAUUGAGGGCGGCCCCGGCGUGUCCGAAGAAGCCAAGGUAGCCUACGACAACGGUGCCUUCGUCUUGCCAGUGCCAUCCACUGGCGGUGCGUGCGGUGGGGCCUUCAACUUCCCGCAGGCAUUGCAAGAAAUGG